UCGCGUUUGUUUAGUUUGCCGGACUGCCCGGAGUGAACGGACGUGGCGCUAAUACGUUUCCCUCCUCAAUAGCCGUGAAUAUCGCCAGAAUAUUCAUCCAAAUUUGGCACCUUUUGAGGAUAUUGCAGUUUCAGAAGUGAGCGAGUGCCUGCGAAGUCGGGAGAAGCAGAAACAUCUGGAACGAGUCCAGAAUGGGGGGCAUAAAGUUCCUAAUCUUCGUUCAGCUGGUCUAUAUCAGCGCCAGCAUGGAACAGCUGGACAUCAUAUACGAGUGGAAGCAGCUGGACUUCCAGUUCCCCUCGCCGGAGGUCAGGGGGCAGAUGAUCGAGAACCGGACCUUCGUCCCCGAGAACAACAUACCCAUGGGGGUGGAGGUUUAUGGAGACAAGCUGUUCGUGACGGUGCCCAGGUGGAGGGGAGGAGUACCAGCUAGUCUGACAUACGUGAAUCUCACGGACAAUUCUACGAAGUCACCGAAAUUAAUUCCAUACCCGAACUGGGAGGCGCACUUGAGAGAGGGGGACAAGAAGCCAGACAUCGUCUCCCCUUUCAGAGUCCGCGCGGAUAGGUGCGACCGACUCUGGGUGUUGGACAGCGGGAAGAUUAACUCCCUCAACGAAAACGGCACCAUCAAAUUCACACCAGCACUCAUCAUCUUCGACUUAAAGACUGACACAGUCAUCAGAAGGUACACCUUCCCAGAAGACCAAGUCAAGGAAGAUUCAGGGUUCGCAGUCAUUGCCGUCGAAGAUAUGGACUGUGAGAACACUUACGCGUACGCUGGUGACGUGGGCAAAGCUGGUUUAGUAGUAUACUCUUGGGCGAAGAACGAAUCCUGGCGAAUUCACCAUCACUUCUUCAAUAUCGACCCCAUGGCGUGCGAGUACAGCGUCAAGGGACACGAAUUCACAUGGGACGAUGCGAUCUUUGGGUUGUCUUUGGCACCGAACAACAACAGCUACAGCACGUUGUACUUUCAUCCGAUGUCCAGUUUCAAUGAAUUCUCCGUCUCCACAGAGUAUCUAAGGAACGAGUCGAUUGCUGAGGCGAAUUUUGAAGCGUUCAAGCUCUUAGGGAGUAGGGGACCGAACGCGCAAUCUGGAGUAUCAUUCCUUGACCCAAAAACUCGAGUUCUCUUCUAUUCUCUGGUCAACAUGAACGCAGUUGUCUGCUGGAGGACCACCAACAAGGUGUACAACAUGACGAAUCAGGGCAGGAUUUACAAGGACGACGAUACAAUGGUCUAUCCCACUGAUAUCAAAGUUGACACGAAAGAUACCCUUUGGGUUCUCUCUAAUAGGCUUCCUUUGUGGAUGGAUGGCUUGUUGAACGAUACGGAUAUCAACUUCAGAGUGUUUUCAGGGCCUGUCUUGAAGGCCAUCAACCAUACCGCCUGCGAUCCCAACCCCAGCGUUGAGAAAAUAAAGGAACUGCAAAUGAAUAGGACCAUUACGGGCAAGUGUGUGAAGUUCUUCCGUGGGCCGAAUCUGCUGAAGACGGUGGUCGCCCUCGCCUGCUUCGCAUUGCUGGUGCAGCAGAUCGCGUCGUGCAUCAUGAAGCUGAUCGACGUGCCGGUGACCACGUACACCCACUUCGAGUUCAACCGCACCGUCCGCUACCCCAGCGUCACCUUCUGCCGGGAACCGCCCUACAAGUACGACAAACUCAUUGAGUACGGUCUAUAUUCGCAUCCGCGGUUCACGUCAACAUGGUUCGGGUUCAACUUCUCCCGGAUCUCCCUGGACCAGCUCUGGGAGGAGAUCACGUAUGACGAGCAGGACUUCUUCGUUCAGUACGGCCUGGAGAACCUGAGAGAGAAUGUGGUCAUCACCUCGACCUUGGGCUUCAUCACGGGUCGCUGCUUCACACUCUCCCCCCGAAAGGUGUCCCGCGCCACCUCCCAGGCGCAGGGCUACUCCGUGACCCUGCAGCACCAGGCGGCUGACGUGGCCACCGCCACCAGCGUGCUCCCGCCAGGGUAUCACGUACAUGUGCAUUACACAGAGGAGCCAUAUACUGAAGUGGAGGUAUACAACGGUGGGCUGGUGGACUACCUGUACGUGAACACGGGCGAGACGGUGGACAUCAAGCUGACGGUGAACGAGUACGUGAUGAUAAGUGACGAUGAUGACCCCUGCACUGAUGAGCCGGGGUAUAGCGCUAAUGAGUGCACAACGGAGUACGUAUGGCGAGAAGUGGGUUCGGCCGUGGGCUGUUCCGGGCCGUGGAUGACAAGCGAUCUGCCGCCCUGUGACAACUUUCAGGACAUGAGGAACCUCAUAUCCACUUAUAUAAACAUGCAGGAGAACCACGAUAGCGAUAAGUGUCAUCGGACUUGCCGCUCGCUGCUGUAUGGUGCCUUCGUGACGGACAGACAGAGACACUACGGGUGGAACGCCAGGAAUGCUGCUGAGCUGCAGACUACCCUGUACAUCCACUUCAACAACAUGAUGGUGUCGGUGUACGAGGAGCGACACAACUACGACUGGAACCUGUUCCUCGCAGACCUCGGCGGCAGCGUGGGUUUUCUUCUUGGCCUCUCUGUGAUUGGUCUCGUGGCGAUCCUGAGCAACUUCUGCGCGGUAGUGGUGCCGAUGAUGACGAGGAAUCAACGCCUCACCCCAAACGACACAGCCGCUGUUACAGACGAGAUUUCGCGCAAAUGCCCUUAUAAUAAAUAUUAA